AUGGCGAUGGGCCGCGGCAAGACAGUCUCCUCCUCCCGCAAGCCCCUGAUGGGGAGUAGCGGCGCAAGCAUGGGCACCAUUUGUGUGGGAGGAGAUGCAGUAGAUCUGGAAGCUGCUGCCGCUGAGAAUCAAGAAUUCCUCAGCACUCGCACCAGCCAGCGCAAGGAGAUGGUUGUGCUGAACGACAGACUGGCUGUGUCUAAAUGCGCCUUCUGGCUGCAAAAACAGAGCAGCGCAUUACUUGCACUUCUUUGGGCAUCGAGCAUUAUCGAGCAUGUAGCGCUUGCACACAGGGGCCAAAAUUUAUGUGUCCUUCUGUCCCCAAAGGUUCGGUCACUGGAGCAGCAGAAUAAGCUGCUGGAGACAGAAAUCGAGGCCCUCCAGAACCGAUUCCUGAAGCCCACGGGCCUGCGCAUGCUGUAUGAGGAGCAGCUCAAAGAGCUCAGGAGGCUUGCAGAUCAAAUGAGAAAGCAGCGGGACCUGGCUGUUGCUGCCAAAGACGCCAGGGCUGGACAGCUGGAGAUGAUGAAGGCCAAAUAUGAGGAAGCUGUGGAACUGAGGAGGAAGGCCGAGAUGGACAUCGAGAACUUCCGACCGGAUGUUGACGCAGCCACCUCCUCGCGCAUUGCUCUGGAAAAGCAACUUGAGAACCUGGAGGUUGAAAUUGAGUUCCUGAAGAGAAUUCAAAGAGAGGAAAUCGAGGACCUGAUGAAACAAAUCUAUUCUGCUCAUGCCACCGCCGGAGACGCCUUCGCCCUCCCCGACAUCGCGGCUGCUCUUAAGCAGAUUCAGCACGAAUAUGACGUCAUCGCGGCAAAGAAUCUUCAGGAAAUGGACUCGUGGUAUAAUUCAAAAUUCGAAGAUUUAAACAAUAAAACCACAAACCAUGUGGACAAAGUGCGUGGUGCACGAGAGGAGCUUGCAUCCGCUAAAAAAGAUAUUCAAGGCAAAGAGAGGGACAUGGAUGGUCUGAAGACCAAAAACGAUGGUCUGGAGGCUCAGAUUCUUGCAGCUCAAGAGAGACACAAGAAAGAGCUGGAGGCUCUCCAGGCCAGGAUCGAAGCUCUUCAGUUGGAGCUGAAAACCACAAAGGGGAAAAUCGCACACCUUCUCAUGGAAUACCAGGACUUGCUGAAUGUUAAGAUGAGCCUGGAGAUUGAGAUCACUACAUACAGGAAGCUGAUUGAGGGCGAGGACAUGCGCAUCACCAGUAUGGUGCAGGGGGUGAUGGGCAUGAGUGCCAUCAGUGCUGGGGCGAUCGGAGUUAUGGGUCUCGGGGCCUUGGGAGCCGGAACCGGUGGAGCUGCCAAUGGGGGACUUGGAGCCGGUGUGGAAAAUGGCGCCCACGGCCAGACCAUCGCCACCUACUCUCAGGAGCAGGCCGUGGAGAUGACUGAGAGGAAAACCGUGCUCAUUUGUUAAAACCGAGGACGACACCCUCGAGAGUGACACACAGG